AUGGCGGCCGAUCCGAACAUGGGACUUCAGCGGCGGAGAGCAGCGUCAGCUUUCUGUGACCGUCACAUGGUUUCUUUUCAGCCGGAUACUGUAGGGAGCGCGACGACGACGAUUCCCUCCUGUACGGCUGGGUUUAGUGGGGUGAACAGCGCGACAGGUAUAACUUUCUCCUCGAGUCCCGAUGGUACAAACGACACGGCUGUGCUGUUUCCCAGGGGGAAUGCAGCUAGACGCCUCCAUCUUCAUCCGGUAAUCGGGCUCAAGCACGGCAAAGGGUUGGCUGCGGAUUGGUCAUUCGAAGAACAGUUAUUAUUGGAGGAAGGCCUUGUCAAGUAUGUAGUCUGCAGCUUUUCUUUUCAUCUUCUUACGAUCCUUUUCCGUCGAUCUCUUACUUAUCUACGUGUAUGAAGGAAAAUCCUUACCCCUAGCUCCACAAAUCAGGAUCACAACCAAUAAAUCUGACAAGAGCAGGAAACCGUCCUCCAUCAUGCAUAACAAAUAAAUCAUACAUAACCGAGCGAAUUGACAAGGGAAAGCCGCUUUAGUUCCCGUGCAAAUAUUUUACCAAUAGGUUAUUGUCCUCGUAGCGAAUAUCCAUAUUCCAAGCACUCCUGUUCUGCUAUUCGCAUAGAUCAAGCGUUUUUGUCCCGCCAGUUUUUAAGGGACACAAUAUGUUCCUGCGUCUCGAAAUAAAUACAUUAUUUACUCUCUGCACAUAUACUAUACACGGAUCCUGUGUGGCAACAAAGAUUAUUAUCUCAUGUUCUGGACCAAUGCAUCUUUUAGCCCCACUUAGUAAUAUUUCUCUGCCUUAUGAAGUGAAUGAUAACUUUUUCCUUCCACUUAUUAGGUACGCCAAUGAACCUACUAUCAUGAGAUAUAUCAAGAUAGGAGCUAUUCUGCAUAAUAAAACCGUAAGGGAUGUCGCUAUGAGGUGCCGAUGGAUGAUAGUAAGUCCUUUAUAGAUUUUCUCAAGAGAUUAUCAUCACUAUAUUUUUUACCUUCUGAAUAAUCUGCAUUCCCUUUGCAAGAGUUGGACUGCACACAAAUAUGUACUUCUAUUACAUGUGAUUCUCAUAUAACAGAGCUUCGGAUAAUCAAAGGAUUAUGCCAACGGCCACAGGGAUAGAUUUACCGUACUUUCCUCACAGAGGACAAGACGUUCCUUUGGAGAGUUUCACUUUUUGAACAGGCUAUGGUGGCAGUUUUCUUGGGUUCAUAUCUUCCCUUUCACUGUCAGCAUUUAAGUUGUGUUGCAACACUCCAACAUCACCACAGUUGAUUGUGGGAUCUGAUCCAUGGGAACGUCCAAACUAACAUAGAUGAAAGCUACCCAGACCUUCAGAAAGCAGAGGCCAUGCAUCCAAUCCAUGGAAACCUUUGGACACGCAAUUAGUGGUAGUAUCUUAUCUGCUCAAAGAAACCUGGCCAACAAUCUUCAAGCGACAUGAAGGUUUAGACGUACUUGUAAAAUUUCACUGGUGCCUUCUUCGUGCAAGACAGGUAUGAAUGUGGGGCUGGCCGGUCUAGGGUUCUUAAGAAUGCAGAGCCAGAGUUGAAGCGGAAAACAGAAGGGGAAAAAGGGGUUGUUAGUGGCUUGACCCCACAGAAUGCCAUUUGGCUCAUGACCUUGGGUGAAACUCAUUAGGAAGGCACAACGAAGGAAGUAGAACACAGAACAGCAGAUUCUCAUUGAAAAUGACUAAAAAGAAAACCUUCUAAAUGAAGUUACUAGCAAGCUAUAAUGAUCUGCACUUGACAUCAACCAUGGCCCAUAUAUAUAUAUCGCAAAAAUGGAUUGUUGAGGAAUUCAUUAGCAGGAAAACGAAAGAAGAUCAGGCACCUGAUUAUUGAUUUCCGCUGAAGAUGUUACUGUGAGGCUAAUUUUUUUGCCAGUUUUGUCAUAAUUGAAGCGAGAUUGUACCCUCACGUGUCAACUAUGAUUAUCAAUUCCCAGCACUCUGCUGGAAACAUCUGAUAAAGAAGCUAAACAUACUCCCUGGCGGUUCUGUUGGCUUCAAUGAGAAGAUCUGAUGAUUCUUGGAAUCCACAACACUUGAGGCUUGCAGGUUCAAAUUCCCAUACCGACCAAGAAAUAUUUAUUCAUCUCCUGGUCUUCAAUGAUCAGCGCCUCCUCACACCCGUACAUUUCCUCCAGUUGAACCUUUUUGGUAGCCAGUUGGUGCACUUACAAAGUGGACAAGGGAUAUGUUUGCCCAUCGCACAGCAGCUGGGCCUAAUCCAUAGGAAACCAUUUCUGUUCACAUUUCAAGAAACUAUUCUAUUUUUUUCUGUAUGCUCUGCGCUAAGAUGAUCCCUCAAAUCUUAUUGGAAUUAAGAAUUCAUGCGUAGUUUCUUAUUAUUUACAGAGGAAGGAGGCCAGGAAACGGCGCAAGCAAGAAGAGUAUUAUCAGAAGAGAAUGAAAGACAACAAGGUAAUUUCCUUCCCCUCCCUCUUUCUCUGUUCCCUUCCAUGAUUCUCGUCAACGAGGUUCACAUAGUUACGAACAGGUUUAGACAUAACUCAGUUCAGUUAUAGAAAAAAAUUCUACUCAAAUUGGGUUUCAAUCUAAGAUCCACGGGUACGAUAAAGCCUCUCCCAAUUCACAACUGAAUCGUCAGGUGGAUUAUUCCUCAAGGUCAGAUCUCGCCUCAAGUCAACAACCCAAUGCAGCUGCUUCUCCUCUCACUACAACACAUUGCGUCGGUAGAUGGAAUGGCGUUCCUCUUGAAGGUCAGUCUGAAUACUUCUCCAUAACCUCGCCAUCUUUUGCUUCACUCACUCUUUGGCUUCUUCCCUGCAACAUUCAUACAGCCCAAGUCAUCGACGCCUCCAUACAACGCCUGGUGCAGGAAAAUACUCAGCUUUUGGUCGAGAUUACAGCCAAUAUCAGCUCUCUAAAGGUAGCCAUCCCAUAGAAACUCUCAUCAUCAGCUCUAUCGCAGAUCACACUCAGACCCCCUGCUUCCUCACAGCUACAAGAUAACAUCGACAUCUUCCUCCACGUAAAGAACAACAUCGAGUGCAUCCUAAACUGGUGAACACCUUCGUGGACAAUCUCUCCGGCCCAGGUGGGUUUAUUUACUUAUUUAUUCGUUCGUUUUGAAGGAUGAGUGGGAUGCCUGGAGUGAUGGCCCAGAUGCCAUCCCUGCCGAUUUCAGUCGACGAGCUGCUCCUCGCCGCCGCUACUUCGCCGGCUCUGAGUUCUGGGAGCUAUCUGGUCUGAUGUAAGUCCCAUGAAUGAUGAUUUUCUGCAAAUCUAGCAGGCAUUCUUGUUUUCUUUCAUAUUCUUGCCAUGAUGGUCUCGAGUGUGGCGACGAUGGCGCGGUAGUGCUCGACGGCGGAAGCCUCGUCCCUGCUCCUCGCGGCGUAGUCUAGCUGAGCAAGGGACGAGGGAAUGAGACCGAGGAGUUUGGGGGGGGGUAGAGGGAGGAGGAGGGAGAAUCUCACUCUGGUGA